AUGUUAUCCUUCACUCCCUCCCUUUCCGCCCUUUGGUGGGCGCUGACUACGUCCGCGCAAGUUUUGAGUGAGAAGAAGAAUUGUACCUGCGGAUUUUACAAUGGACAGACCAACGAUUUUUUCACCGAUUCCAUCAUUGUCUACUUCAACGAAACGAGUAGCUUACCAAAAGACUUCAUCGCUGAAGACUACGCCCAAAAGUACGAGAAGGAUUGGAACGCCAUAUACCGGCAAGGUGCAGACUCUUCAAACAUCCGGCUUAACAACUCUGAGUCCCUUCAACUCUUUGUGCAACCCCCUAACAACGAACAUCUGGUGAAAGGCGGUGGUAUUCGAACGACAAGACGCGAUAUCCAGCAUGGUUCUUUCCGCACCCUCAUCAAGUCACCCGGACAGACGACGAGCGGCUCUUCCAUGUCCAUGAUGUGGAAGUACAACGAGACGGAAGUCGCAGAGCUCUCUGUAAUGAACAGAAACAAUCAUUCGGAUGCUUGGGUGGGCACCUUUGUCAACAAUGAGUUCACGACGCGCGAUCUGGGAGUCAACUUUACUCAACUCCUCGAACAACCAGCGGCGAAUCGUAAUUAUACCACACUGGGUGGAGGACUCGGCAACGGCAGCGUCAGCCCAUGGGAUUAUAUUGAAUAUCGGAUCGACUGGACCCCGGACUAUAUCAACUUUUACAUUGGUGGUAAUCUGACUAGACAAGUGUUGCAUGUAAAGAACAAAGGCAUGCCGUCGGUGCCGUCUGCUCUUUUCUUCAAGCACUGGUCUACGGGCAACAGCUUCUCGAUGGAGGGACCACCAGAUCGAGAGUCGGUUGCUAAUAUUGGCUGGAUCCGUAUGUUCUUCAACUCCGUUUCGACGAGUGAGCCUGUCCGUGAGGAUUUCGCUGCUCGCUGUGGGUUUAGCGAUGCCUGUUCAAUGGAUGACGUUACACUGCGAGGGUCGACUCCAUUCACUGAAGAGGCAACGAAAAAGUGGAAACAGGACCCCUACAAGAGCAUCAAGCGGAUGCCGGCGUUAUGGAUCUCGGUCGCUUGUAUAGCGUUUUCGACACUCUUACUCACCCAUACGUUCAUUCGCCGCGUGACACAAUCAAAAUCCAAUGGCCAUGGUUCGCCUACGAAAUCCUCUGCCGUCGAUGAGGUGGAUAGGAAUGCUCUUGCCGUGAGAGAGCACGAGGCGAAUAAUCAUUCUGGCUCUCUCCAAAACUCUUCCCUGGCAAGCCGACCUCCAUCAUCCAAGUACGAGUUCACAGACGAUCUUGCUAUAGAAAAGCUUGGCCCCAGUCAAUGCUCCUCAGUCCUAGGAGGCUCGACUCCCAAAACCGGACCAUCGCCACAUAACUCUGUACGUUUUGACAGUCGUGGGACAACGCCUCAUAUCUUGUCGCCCCGCACUAGUAACUUGAACACUACGAAAGAAGAUUUAGCUGCGUUCAAAUUCCCCGGUAAAGAUUCAGAGUCGACGCUUAUCUCGCCACAAACUCCCCACACCUCAAACGACAAGAUCCAAAUGGAGACCGUCACCGAGUCUGCGCUACCAGCACCUCGCAUGAGAUCUCAGCCGCCCCCGCCACGACAACGCAUCGACCAUCUUGCCGGGCUGACGGCAUUAUGCUCCGUUCUCGUAACAGUCAUGCACUUUGGCCUCACCUUCGUGCCCGCCAUGGUCAUCCCUGGCGCACCUCAACACAACAGAUCGGAGUACUGGGCACAAAAGAUCAUUGCGCCCUUUCUGCUGAACCAAAUGUGGCUCGGUGUCUUCUUUACAACUUCCGUGCGCUUUCUCACUGCACCAUACCUACGCAAAGGCAAGGUGGAGGACAUCGCCCGGGCGGCCGUGCGGCGGACACCGAGGCUCAUGAUACCAGUUGCCAGCAUAGCGUUGUUGGAGUAUUUCCUCAUUGACGUGGGCACUACGACAUAUCUGCGGUAUAUACCCAGCUUGACAUGGUCGACGUGGCCGUACGUGACGCGUUACGCAAACCCAGGGCAAUACGUAUCUGAAGUGCUCGAAUUGAUCUUUUUGAUCCCGAAUGCGGUGCCGAAUAUUACACUGCAUUACUGCACGGGUGUGCUAUGGACUAUUGCCGUGCAGCUGCAAGGCACCUGGCUAGUCCUACUCGGUGCCAUGGUCGUGUACGAGAUCAAGAGUCCGUGGAAAAGAAUGGGCUUUUACUUCUUCUGCUUCGUCAAUCACUGGUAUGCGCAGAGUUGGGGUUCGUAUCUGUGGCUCGGCUUGCUCCUCACUGAUCUCGAUGUUACGUUCAAGUGGAAGACGUACCUGUCCACUCGGCCAGCGGCGUACUAUCCGCUCAUGGUCUUCUGUUGGAUCUGUGUCGGUGCUGGCUUCGCUGCUAAUUUGAUUCCGAACUGGGUGCCGGGAAAUUUCAACUUUGCUAUUUCAGAGCGCAAUAUCCAUCCGGAUGUUGCUACUGGCGAAGCGCUUCUCAAUACUGACCGCGCGGGAUACCCAGCGUACUACACGCCCCGCCUCAACGGCCUUCUCUUCGCAGGCGGCAUGCAAGCCAUUGUAGAACUAUCCUCGACCGUACAAUGGCUCCUCUCCACACGCCCCUUCCUCCUCCUCUUCCCCCACAUUUUCACCAUCUACCUCCUGCACGGCCUUGUAUUUUGGACCUGGGGAAGCUGGCUGCUCGUCUUCCUUGCAGCACGGGACUUCAGCUACGGCAUCAACGUCGCGAUUGUGGGCGUGACGUCGUAUGUUUUGCUAUUCCUCAGCUUGCCGAUUGUUACGCCUGUGCUGGAGGCGCUGGGCAAAGAUGUCACGGCGUUGGUGUGGAUGACUGCACAGGAAAAGAGUCCGCCAAGGCGUAGGACGCUGUUUCCGUUUCCUGCGGAUGUUUUCACUGGACGGCCGGUCAAUUUGAAGGACGGCGCGCAGGUGGAUGUCGAGGGCGGGGCUGGAGAUCGUAGUUCUGCGCCGACGACGCUGCAGAGUGGUGAUGCUAGCUCCAAGGACAAAUCGGGUGCCAAGGUGGAAUCACAUGAGUUGUAG